UUCUCACAUCUAAACCCUCCAAAGUCCAAACCACAAAUGGCCUCCUCCUCCUCCUCAGAAAAACGUUGGAGGUAUGACGUGUUCUUGAGCUUCAGAGGUAAAGACACACGCAAGACCUUCACGGACCACCUCUAUAAGGCCUUAGAUCAUGCCGGAGUCAACACCUUCAUUGACGACAGCGAACUCAAAAAAGGGGAAAAUAUAACGGUGGAACUGGUGCGGGCAAUCCGAGGGUCCAGGAUCUCUCUGAUCAUCUUCUCAGACAACUAUGCGGAUUCAAGUUGGUGUCUUGAGGAGCUGGUGCAGAUCAUGGAGUGUAAAGAAACACCGGAGCAAUUGGUGUUCCCCAUAUUUUAUCAUGUUGAUCCUUCACAUGUCAGAAGACAGAUUGGUAUGUUUGGUCCGGCAUUUCAGAAACAUGAAAGUAGAUAUGGUACGGAUAAGGUAUCCAGGUGGAGAACUGCUCUUCGGGGAGCUGCAAAUUUGUCUGGCUUCGAUAUUGCUGGCAGGCGGGAGGUAGAUUUUAUCGGUAACAUUAUUCAUGAGAUCAGUAGCCGGCUGAACAACAUAUACUUACAUGUAGCCAACUAUCCAGUUGGAAUAGAUUCACGGGUUGAAGAUAUCAGUAAUUCGUUAUCUGUUGGGUCACAUGAUGUUCGCAUGGUUGGAAUUUGGGGUAUGGGUGGAAUUGGGAAAACAUCACUUGCAAAAGCCAUCUAUAACAAAUUUUAUCAUAUCUUUAGGAGUAAAAGUUUCCUUGCAAAUGUUAGGGAGACUGCAAAGGAUUCAAAUGGUCUGAUUACUUUGCAAGAAAGACUUCUCUCUGAUAUUUUAAGACCAACCAAGAUAGAGCUAGGUAGUGUUCCGAGAGGUAUCAAUGUGAUAAAAGAGAGACUUGGAUUCAGAAAGGUCCUUGUCAUUGUUGACGAUGUGGAUCAUGUGGACCAGUUGAAUGCAUUGGCUAUAAGGCAUUUUUCAUUUGGUCCAGGAAGUCGAAUUAUAAUAACAACAAGAGAUCGACAUUUGCUAGAGCUAAUUUCAGUGGAUACAAUACAUCUGACUCGAGAAAUGAAUGAAGAAGAGGCUUUUGAGCUCUUUAAUUGGCAUGCGUUUAAAAGUCAUUGUCCUGAUGCAGGAUUUUUGAAACUCUCAAGAAGCGUGGUCACUUACUGUAAAGGUUUACCACUGGCUCUUGAAGUUUUGGGGUCUUUUCUCUUUAAAGGGAGCAAAAGAGCUUGGGAGAGCACAUUGGAGAAAUUGAAAAAAAUUCCUGAUGACAAAAUUCAGGAUAAGCUCAGAAUAAGCUUUGAUGCAAUUGAUGAGAACCAGAAGGACAUAUUCCUCCAUAUAUCUUGUUUCUUAAUUGGAAUGGAUAGGAACUAUGCCACACAAAUUCUGCACAGCUGUGGUUAUUUUCCAGAAACUGGAAUCCGUGUCCUCCUUCAACGUUGCCUUGUAACCGUCAGUGAAAAAAACAAGCUCAGGAUGCAUGAUUUGCUUCGAGAAAUGGGCAGAGAAGUUGUUCGAGCAGAAUGCCCCAAACGCCCAGAAAAACGUAGUAGAUUGUGGUGCCAGGAAGAUGUAAUAGAUGUAUUGACGGAAGAAUCUGGCACUGAAGAGAUUGAAGGACUCGCUUUAAAUUUACAAAGAACUGACAAAAAGAGUUUCAGUACAAAAGUAUUUACCAACAUGAGGAGAUUGAAAUUGCUCCAACUCAACUAUGUACAGCUCACUGGAAACUACGGCAAUCUUUCAAAAAAGUUAAGAUGGCUCUGCUUUCGUGGAUUCUCUUCGAAGUUCAUAGGAAAGGAGUUUCUUGACCAGCGAAACCUGGUUUCUAUCGACCUGCGGUACAGCAAUCUCAUAAAAUUUUGGGAGCAUUCCAGGCUGCUUGAGAAGUUAAAGAUUCUUAAUCUGAGUCAUUCACAUGACCUAACACAAUCACCAGACUUUUCAAAACUCCCAAAUAUUGAGUAUUUGAUUCUAAAAGACUGUGAGAGUUUGUCAGAGAUUCACCAGUCUAUUGGACAUCUUAAAAGACUUGCUUUGCUAAAUCUAAAGAACUGCAAAAAGCUGAAUGGCCUUCCAAGGAGUUUUUAUAAGUUGAAAUCUAUCGAAACUCUUGUUCUUUUUGGCUGUUCAAGAUUUGAGAAUUUGGGUGAGGACAUUGGGAAGAUGAUAUCAUUGACAACGCUUCUUGUGAAUGGCACAGCCAUGAGUCAAGUACCAUCCUCUGUAGGAAGAUUGCAAAACCUGAACUAUCCAUCCCUGCAAGGCCUGAUUCGCGUGAAGCUACGUUUCCCAGAAGUGCCUAAAAAUUAUUUUCCUGCUCUACCACAAGGAUUUAACUCUUUAAUUUUUUUGAAUUUGGCGGGAAGCAGUAGUGGACUUAGCCUUCCAAAACUCAGUGGCCUUUCCAAUCUUGAAUCUCUACAUUUCAGUAAUAUGGCAAACCUUCCUGCAAGCAGAGAUUUGCCAACUAGUUUGAAAGAGUUGGAAGUGGACCACUGCACCGCACUGGAUAUAAUUCCAAAUGUUUCCAACAUGUCGAGGCACAUCCUACAGGGACGGACUGCAAGUGGAGAUGGUGGCAUUUCUGUCCCUAAUAUUUCAAAGUCGUUUGCAUAUGUCAGAAAGAGUGAUCAAGUCUUUUUCCAAGUGCCUCAAAUUAUUGGUUGCAAUUUAGAGGCUUUCACUGUAUCCGUUGUUUGUUCUGCUUCUUUCAACGAGCACAUAUCUACAACUGGCAUUUCCAUUUUUGUUACAAAUUAUACCAAAUUCAUCAGCUUUGCUGUUCGACCAGCUCAUCUCACUGAAAUAACUUCAGAUGAAGUGGUUUCACUGGUUUGGCAGAUAAAUUUGUCAAACAUUGAGUUCAAUUUGGAAGGUGGUGACUUUGUUGACGUUGAAGUUGUAAUUGCUUCUGGUUUCACUUUGAAGUAUACACGGGUCAGUCUAGUAUGGGAUCCCAAACUUAUCAACGAAAAUAAAAUAGAGUGCGAGUCAUCACUUGAUAAUGACUUAUUUGAUGAUGACUCAUCUGAUGAGGACCGAUCUUCAGAAACAUUGAGGUUUGCGAUGCAGGAGCUACGACCCAUUCACGGCAGGUAAAGUUGUCAAACAAUGAGUUCAAUUUGGAAGGUGGUGACUUUAUUGAGGUUGAAGUUGUAAUAUUCACUAUGAAGAAUACAGGGAUCGGUCUAGUAUGAGAUCCCAAACUUAUCAAUGAAAAUGAGAUAAUGUGAGCCUAUCCCAUUUGAAUGUCAGCCAUCACUUGGUUCUGCCUCUCAUUUGAUCAUGACUUCUCUGAUGAGGAUCGACCUUCAGAAAGGUUGAGGUUUGUGAUACUGGAGCAACAGCCCAUGAGUCUGCAAAUACACCAGCUCAGGAGAGGCUCAAGCUCACAAGCAAAACCCAAAGUCAAAUGUCCCAAUCUUUGCAGUUGUUGGUGGUAGUUUUCUAGGGUUCUUCCUAAAGGUACAGAAUACAAGAUGCUUAGCUGAUUGGUACAUGCUGUUGUAUUAACCGAGCCUCAUUUUGAUGAAAUUCACAUCCUCCCCAACCGAAAGGCCCAUGUCCUAGCUUGGAGGCUUUGGAAGACUAGAAAAAUUAGCAUGUUGGAUAAUGAAUUGUUAUGAUGCUGUGUUUCUCACCAUUGAGUCUUCAUGUAUUGAAAUGGCCAGUUACGCAUUGGUUUUACUUCUCUGUCAUGUGGAAAUUUCAAGAUAAACAAUCUGUGCAUAAAUUUUUUCCUGCAAUUUGAGAUAGCUAGAAAUUCAUUCCUUUUGGGCAUUCUGUUCAGAUAGAAGUUAAGUGUAGGAAACUUUGUUUCGAUGCACUAAAUUCCAAUGAGUUUCAAGUUCCUUUUGUAACCUACCACUGGAUGUUGUUACGGUUCUUUAGAAUUGAGCAGACUUCAUAAAUAAAAGAAGAAAAUAU